AUGCGAAUCAAUUCAAUUUCCACCAUUUCAAAAUAUAUUAAUAUAUGUAUAAUAAAUAUUCUUAGAUCAAUUAACUUUGAGAAAAAGGAAAAUCAUAGUGAAUGGUUUCUAAAGAUAAAUCCACGCCAUACAGUACCGGUAUUAGUCGACCGUGGUGUAUCACUUUCCGAUAGUCAUGCAAUCAUAACAUAUUUAGUUGAUCAGUAUGGAAAAGAACAACAUGAGCAUUUAUAUCCAAAAGAUCUGCUUAAGCGCGCUAUCGUAAACGAGCGUUUAUAUUAUGAAAAUGGAGUUUUAUUUCAAGCAGCUAAAGAUUUUGCGGCCAGAAUUUUCUAUGGUGGUGAAAUUUCUUAUAAUAAUCAUAGUAAAAAAUUAUGCCAUAACGCCUAUAAAUUCCUUGACAAAUUUCUAAAUCAUAGCAACUAUGUUGCUGGAGAUCAAUUGACUGUAGCCGAUGUAUCUAUUAAUACCUCUUUAAUAACAUUGGAUAAAUUGGUGCCAGUGGAAGAGCAACGAUAUCCAAAAAUUCAUACUUGGAUGCAACGUAUGAAGAAUGAGCUGCCGGACUAUAAAAUGAAUGAAGCUGGAGCUCAACAAUUGUUUCAACGUUUCGAGGAUUCACUUGUUGAGAAUAUGACAAAACAUGGUUGAGAUGAGAUAUUUAUAUUCUGACUAAAAUUUCAAUACUAGGGUUUUUGUAAAUUAAUUACUGUGUAAAAUAUUUUGUAUUGUUA